UUUGUUCCCCAGCAUUUACCAUCGUAUGCAAGGGAAAAAUUCACACUUGACUGGAAUAACUGGAACUACACAUUUUACUAUUUUCGGAGCAAGCCCAAGAAGUAUGUCAUUGGUUAAAAACUCACAGGAAACUCCACCAUUUCCCGGAAUGAACUCCACCAUGAGGCCAGUAGAAUUCAACUCGACCAAGCAACCGGAAGCUCAGACUAUUGAUCAAGAGCAAGAUGCUCCUAAAAGCUUUGAUUUUAAAAAUCAAACCCUUGGCGUGUAUUCUGAUACUGUGUUGAAUCCACUCAAAAACGAUAGUUUCAAGGAUGAGCUGGUUGUAGAUGUUCAGAAAAAUCUUCCCAUUGAAUCGUUGACAGUAUCUCCAAAGAGUUCUACUGACCAGAAUUGCAGAUCUACCAACGAGGCUAUACGAAUUGCAGGAUUUGAUAACUUUGCUGAUCAGCUCCAAGAAUCCAAUGGCGUUUUCGAAGCAUGCCCAGAGGCCCAUUCAGAACAAGGAAAUGAGAGUGAAGAUUUUAAAGAUUUGAUCAAUAGUGAAACUGAGUGCAACAUUGAAGACGUUGUUCUCCCGACAGUACACGUUUCUACGGAUUCUGAAGAAAUCAUUUCGGGCGAUGUGAUUAUGAAUGACAGCAAUGUAGUUUCAAAACCAAAAAAUUUGGAAAAAGUCGAAACGCCUGAUGUUCUCAUUGGCAGUGGUUCAAACGACAAGCUCUCUGAUAUGACUGAACAAAUUGGCAACAAUCAGCAUCUUGAAAAACUGAUCUCGGAGAAAACUGAGAAAUCACUCAGUGACAAUGAAACGACGUUGAAACCUGUGCCUGUGCAGCAUACCAACAGUGUCGGAAGUUCGAUUGGGACAACUUCUGGAGAUUCAGAAAUUUCUGACGAUGACCAAAAAUCAUGGAGUCCUAAAAACGAAUCGCUUGAUUAUCAACCUGCUUCUACUUCAAGCGAAUUUACAGAAACAACCUCUGUGGCUAAUCAAACGGAAUCUAAUGCAGGAAGUGUAGAUGAUUAUUGCCCCCGCACGUCGAUUGACAUUGGAUUGGACUCUUCCGCUCCUUCAUGCUCUUCUGAUGCAACAAGGGAGCCUACACCAAUAAAAAAGCGUGGUCGAAAGAAGAAGGAACAAUCUGCAACCGAACCCCCUAUACCCAGGACGAAAAGAGCAUAUACUAAAAACCCAAAUACGAUCCGAAAACGCCGCAUGAAAAAGAACCAAUCUGACGAUGAGGAAGAUGAUGGACCACCAAAAAGACGGACGAUUAAUUAUCAAAUUGAAUUUCGUGAUGCUUCUGGGGCUUGGACUAUGGCUCAGCAGUUGAUAUUUGUUCGUGACUUCAUGUCUAAAAAGAAUGAUAAAAUAGUAAAACUGUCGAAAUCAAGGCAAGACAGAGUUGACAAAUUCAUUCUUCAAUUUCAAAAAACCCAAGAUUCUCACUACAUGCGUGCUGCCAUUCAGCUGAAUACAAUUUUCCCGGAUCAAGGAAACUAUCGACAUUGUCAGGAUUAUUUGAAAGAUCUUACCAUUCGUGUAGUAGUACCGCCAAAGCGAAGAGAAGGAAAACGAAAAAGUGAAGUUCCUGCCAAUCCACCAGCCCUUUUGCUAACUGGACCAUUAUAUCUCAACUUCUAUUGUACAUCACAAGAAGUCCUCGAAGCGGCAGGUCAAUUACUCGAAUUUCAUGUCAACGCCGUUUACAAAGAUGAACGACUACAGCCUCCGGUUGCCGAUAAGACACUUUUGGAUCUGGAAAGAGCGAUGUAUCACGAGCAAGUCAAAGAUCUUACUGACUAUCACAAAUACCGCAUACCAUGUCCAACUCUCACAGUCACCACCAAAGAAGAAGUAUUCUCGUCGGAUUUUGAGCGCAUUUUGAACUCAGCGAGCAUCACCAACAUUAGCGGAAUCGCAAAGGCUCUGAACAUCAAGACUGAACUGUUUUCACUGCCAGAAAUUGCAAAGUGUCAUCCUGAAUUAUCCAUUGAUAUUCUUAACCAAGUACCACAAAGUGCCGAUGGAAACUGUGAUAGUAAAGGAAUUCGUUGUUGGGAUGUUACAUCGUACUCUUCUAAGAUGAAGCUGCAAGAUUUCGAGAGGUACAUGCAGAAGGAGGAGUCUGAAGCAAUGCAAGCUUUCGAAACGAUUUCAAACUGCACAGCAAAAGAAUUAGAGAGCACAUGCCAGAAAUUGAAAGCUGAGAGAAUUGCAGCUCAAAACGCAAUUGAGGGCUGUGAUGAAACAAUGCCUUGGAUCAAGUUUGGAACAAAUAUCGACUUGCUUUCCGAAAAUUUCAAGAAGCAGAUGAAUGAAAUCGAAAAGCUGCCGACGUUCCUGCUACCAAACCGUGAAGGAAACUUGCUCAACUACGCAGGAGUAGACGUUCUCGGCAUCAAUACUGUACAGAUGUACGCGAAACCAAUCGGAUCACGCACUCCAGCACACAUGGAAAACUCACUCAUGGCUAGCAUCAACUGGAACCGCGGUCCGGGAACGUGCGUCUGGUUUGCUGUGCCGUACGAGUAUUGGGGGCAGCUGGAGUUUAUGAUUGGAGAGCACGGGCACAAGUACCAGGAUCAAGACUAUUGGCCAAGCGAAAAGGAAUUACUGGAGCUGGGAGUUCCUGUAAUUAAAUUCGAGCAAAAAGCUGACGAGAUGGUAUAUGUCAAUACUGGAUGUUUCCAUUGGGUGCAGAGCAAUAGCUUCUGCAUCAAUGUAUCUUGGAAUGUCGGACAGCCAAACUUCACUCAGCUGGCUACCUCAAUAGUGGCUCACGAUCACAAUAUGCUCAUUGGGAACCAGGCGCAUGUUCCAUUGGUAAAUCUCGUUUGGAAUGCUGCACGUCAGAGGCUUUUCGUCGACGAUCCCGAGAUGUAUAAAGCCAUGCGCGGUGUCAUGAUCAGAUCACUUGCCCAUUCAAAGUGGUACUUUGAUCUUAUUGAUCAUCAUGACUACAUUGUUGGAGACGCUAGCGAAUGGAAGCUUGCUGAUCGCGUUCAACGAUGUAAAUACUGUACAUCUGAAAUCUUCAACAUUGUCAGAUGGUACACCACAGAGGACUUAUCAGUAGAUUCGUACCCCUUCUGCUCUCAUUGUCAUGUAGCAAACGAAUACAAAAAGGACAGGUUCCUCAAGUACACAUGGUUCUUUUCAUUAGAAACAUUGGUUAAUAUUUUUGAUGCCUACGUUCCUAAUUAAAUAUUUAUCCAACAAUGGUGCCUUCUAAUAUGUUUUCUAGGAUUUUUCCUCAAAUUUUAACGUUCUUUUAUGAUGUUCUAUUAGUUUUUUACAGCGUUUAAAUGCUGUUUUUCUGUAUUUUUUUUCAAUUUUCAUUUUUAGCAUUUGUUUUCCCGAAAUCAACUUUCAAAAUUUCCAACUCAAGCCUUUCUAUCUCAAUUACAUCCCUAAUUUCUUUCGAAGAAAAACGUACCUCGCCCCUUAAUUAUGAUUCUUUCCAUCAAAUGGUCCCUGACUUCUCACGUUUAUCCAUCACACUCCUCGCUCUCGCUAUCUCUGCAAUUAUCGGUGUAUUUUAUCAAAGAAUGUUAUUCAAAGAAUGUUAAAAAUAUUGAAAAUUAAAUCAUUUACUAUAUAUAAAGCGCGUGUCCUUCUG